AUGCGCAACGUCAAUGAUGACCACUCAACUGAACUUUAUCAUUCAACGGCUCUUCCGGUCGAUCAAGGUAUUGCCCCGGGGAUGCAAUUUCAUAACAAGAAUGAUUGCAUUCUCGCAAUUAAAUUUUAUCACAUGAAAAAAUCAACGGAUUAUAUUGUGAAAAAAUCAGAUCCUGAAAGGUAUGUCAUCAAAUGUAAAGAUACAAAAUGUGGUUUCAAAUUGCGGGCCUCGUGGAGGAAAAAAACUGAUAAAUGGGAGAUUGGGAAAAUGAAUGAUCAUACAUGUGUCUCAACAGAAAUGACGCAAGAUCAUCACAAACUUAGUUACAAUGUGAUAUGUGAAAGUGUUAAAUCACUACUACAUAUGGAUACUUCAAUUACAGUGAAGGUUAUAAUUGCACACAUCCGAGAGAAGUUUAAUUACACAGUUUCAUACAGAAAGGCAUGGAGAGCACGGAAUAAGGCGAUUGAAUCAAUUUAUGGUAAUUGGGAAGAGUCUUAUCAAGAACUACCACAGUGGUUGAUGGUCAUGGAAAAAGAUUUGCCAGGAACAAUAAUUGAUUUUCAAACAGACCCAUCAACAGAAGUGGUAAAUGAGAUCGUCUUCAAGCGUCUCUUUUGGGCUUUUCGUCCGUGCAUCUCAAGUUUCGAAUUCUGCAAACCAAUUGUCCAAAUUGACGCAACUUGGUUGUAUGGUAAAUACAAAGGCACAUUGUUGUUAGUUGUUGCACAAGAUGGGAACAACAAGAUAUUUCCCAUUGCUUUUGCAAUCGUGGAAGGGGAGACCAAGGAGGCAUGGAGUUUCUUUUUGAAAAAUCUAAGGCAGCAUGUCACCCCACAGCCGAACAUAUGCCUCAUUUCUGAUAGACAUGUGUCGAUAAAGAGUGCGUAUGAUGAUCCACAUAAUGGAUGGCACGAUGCUCCAACAAGCCAUGUGUUUUGUGUCCGACACAUUGCACAAAACUUUAUGCGAUCGUUCAAGGAUGGAGAACUUAAGAAGAAAGUUGAAGGCAUGGGUUACGCCAUGAACAUCCUUACAUUCGAAUACUAUCGUUCUGAAAUUGUUGUUGCAGACCGAAAGGCUUUAGCAUGGGUCGACAAUAUUCCCAAACAAAAGUGGACUCAAUCACAUGAUGAUGGUCGACGAUGGGGCCACAUGACGGGUAACUUGGUAGAGUCACAAAACAACGUGUAUAAGGGUAUUCGAGGACUCCCGAUCACAGCUAUUGUGAAAGCAUCAUAUUACAGGUUGGCGGCCUUGUUUGCUAAAAGAGGACAUGAAGCAGCGGCAAGGGUAAAUUCUUGUGAGCCAUUCUCAUAA